ACGAAAGUAGGUUUUUUUUUUCGAGAUUUACAGGAUGUUUUUUUCGUACACCUGAUUUAUAAAGCUACGUCAUCUUUUCAAAACAUGAGAAGAGGAAAGGAAAAAUACAUGUGCUUACAUUUCCUAGUUGUACUCAUUCAGAUCAUUGAUACCGUUUUAAGCUGUCCUGCAUCGAUGCCAACUAUUUCGUACGUAUCCCAUUGUCCAACAAGUCAAGAAGAAUGGACAAAGGCAGCUGAACGGAAGAAUUGCGAGAGCAUUGCGGUAAUUCAGAACUGUACUGAUCGGAGUAAAUUUCAAUAUCAUUGUUUAAUGAAUCACUGGAAAAACGCAACACUUGAAGUUUGUGCGCCUAUUUUCUACUUACAAGGAUAUUGUGCAGAAUACAACAUACAAAUGAAACAAGUGGCAGAAAUUUACGACGAAGGAUUCGAAUGUCUGAAGUUUAAUGGCACACAAAAAUGUCCACGAAGAUACCUGUCCAAUGAGGCCUAUAAAUAUCAACGAUGCUAUAGGUACAAGAAUAUAAUUAUGAGUACCGAGAAAUUAAGUUCAAAAGCCAAAGACAAUAGUGUGAUUGGACUCGUGUUUAUUGUCAUCGUUUCACUUCUAUUUGGAAUCCUUGCCUUCGUGGUUGUGAUGAUGAGAAAGGGAAAAUGUGAUAAACUCAGCAAAGAUGGCACUGAAGAAGGACGAACCCUCUUACAUGUACAGCGGACGGAAACACCAAAGGAAAACAUUUCAGAAGCUGACAAUUUUUCUCCAGGGUGUCAACAGCCUAAUAAGAAUUCAGAACAGAAUAAACUUGAUGACACUGAAGAAAGACGAAUCCUCUUGCAUGAACAGCGGAUGGAAAUGCCAAAGGAAAACAUAUCAGAGGCUAACAGUUUUUCUCCAGGGUGUCAACAGCCUAAUAAGAAUUCAAAACAGAAUAAACUUGAUGAAACGAAAGAAGAAACUGAUCUUCAUUCAGCAGACAGAAAUGUCAAACCAAUACCAUCUACAAAGUCAAAGCCUGCACCGGCACCGCCGAAAAAUUUUAUUAACAAGAAUGAUGAAACAAAAUUAGCUGAACAAGAACCAAAAACCGUUAAGAUGGCAAAACACCUUCACCAACUCCUUCAAAGGAGCAUGCAAAUGAUUA